CCGAGAUGCGUAAAUAGCCUUUUGGAUUUGUUUGGAAGACCUUUGAAGCACUUGGUGCUGAUUUUGGACCCUCAAUGCCGAUGCAACUGGAGAUUCCAGAGGCACGCUUCACCGGACGUUUGAAGGCGCCGUGCGCAGCUGCGCAGUUGCCGCAGAUUUCGCGGUCCUUGUCCGAGCUUUGCCAUCCAACCAGUUCGCCCAUGCAUCGCGGCAAACGCGUGCCCUCUGAGUGGGUGGGUGGCGUCCAGCGCUGGCGCUUUUGUCUCAAGGACGAGCCCCAGCGAGGGAACCAGGAGCAAGUGAAGACUUGCGCUCAGGCCAUGCAUCCCUUGACGGCCCAACGCUGGGACCGUCAGGCUCGCAGCGCAGAGGAGCUGGAGUUGAAGAGAUAUGGCUAUCAUCGCAACCUGCCUCGGACACGAGGUGGUCCCAAUGCACAGUCGCGCUUCAAGGAGCUAGUGCCACCAGAACAGCGUGCCAACGGAGACAGCUUCGAUCCACCACAGGUACGUGCCCUGGCGGCUGAGGGCCGGGAGGCGCGGCGCAAGGUCAAGUUGGAGACACUGGGCCACAUCCGCGUGCUCCGCUAUGAGGAACCCACCCACGGACGUCUCGUGGUGCAACGCUGGCGCUCGGGCUACAUCGAUCUCAAGGCAUCGAUGCCUAAAGAGUCCGACGCAGAGAUCGCCUGGCAACGAGGCCUUCGGAAGAGCGUGUGUGACAACUUGGUGACGUUCUCAGGCGUUUUUUGAGGAAAAGGCCACGCAGAGCCACUUUUCUCCGCCGGUUGGCAAGAAGUUGGAAAGCCCUGAGAUGCCAUAUAGGAUGCCACAAAGGG